CCCCCGGUUGCGUCCUGCUAUGGCGUCCGUGUACAGCGGGUCCCACACCUUGAGCAAGGAUGAUGUGAAUUACAGGAUGCAUUUCCGAAUGAUCAACGAGCAGCAGGUCGAGGAUAUCACGAUAGAGUUCUUCUACCGGCCGCACACGAUCACCCUGCUGACAUGCACGGUGCUCAGUCUCAUGUAUUUCGCCUUCACAAGGGAUGAUGGAAACCCAGACAGUAACAUCUGGGUGGGGCUCAUCCUGCUCAUCUCCUUCUUCCUUGUCAUCAGUGUGUUGGCCUUUCCCAACGGCCCAUUCACCAGACCACAUCCAGCGAUAUGGCGAAUAGUUUUCGGUCUGAGUGUCCUCUACUUCCUGUUCCUGGUUUUCAUCAUCUUCCUCAACUGGCAUCAGGUGAAGCAGCUAAUGUAUUGGUUGGACCCAAACCUGCGCUACGCCAAGAGAGAGGCGGACAUAAUGGAAUAUGCUGUUAACUGCCAUGACAUCACCUGGGAGAGAAUCCUGAGCCAUUUUGACAUUUUUGCAUUCAGCCAUUUCUGGGGCUGGGGUAUGAAGGCCCUGCUCAUCCGCAGCUAUGGCCUGUGCUGGACCAUUAGUAUUACAUGGGAGCUUACUGAGCUAUUCUUCAUGCAUCUGCUGCCUAACUUUGCUGAGUGCUGGUGGGACCAGGUGAUUCUGGAUAUUCUGCUGUGUAACGGAGGAGGCAUCUGGCUUGGCAUGACUGUGUGUCGCUUUUUGGAGAUGAGGACCUACCACUGGGCCAGUAUUAAGGACAUCCACACCACCACGGGGAAGAUCAAACGAGCCGCGUUGCAGUUCACCCCUGCGAGCUGGACCUACGUGCGCUGGCUCGAUCCAAAGUCUUCCCUGCAGCGAGUGAUGGGCGUCUAUCUCUUCAUGAUCAUCUGGCAGCUAACGGAGUUGAACACAUUCUUCCUCAAGCACAUCUUUAUCUUCCCCGCGAGCCACGCGCUCAGCUGGUGUCGAAUCUUGUUCGUUGGUAUCAUCACAGCUCCAACAGUGAGGCAGUAUUAUGCGUACCUCACAGACACACAGUGCAAGAGAGUUGGGACCCAGUGUUGGGUGUUUGGGGCAGUUGCCUUUCUGGAGGCCUUGGCGUGUAUUAAGUUUGGACAGGACUUGUUCUCAAAAACACAGAUCCUCUAUGUGAUCCUCUGGCUAGUGUGUCUGGCCUUAAUCACCUUCCUGUGCCUGUAUGGAAUGGUGUCGUAUGCAGAAAAUUAUGGUCCAAAAGAAAAGAGCCUCUCAGAAUAUGAGGACGGUAAUUACACAGAAUCUGCUGACCAUGUGUCAGAAGCAUUUAACGGAGAGAGCGAGGAGGAUGAAGACAGCCCGCCAACCAGACGGAGAGGGAAGGCCUCGGGAAAGACCAAAUCUAUCAAUGGCCUGGAUGGCCAGUAGGAAUUGGAGCGGGUGACUCCUGAGCUCACCCCCAGGGAGCCACGUGUGAAGGAUCACAGUUCGAAUUGGGGGUUAAAGAUACUACCAGUUCCUGGUGUAAUUGAAAUCUGGAAAGCCUCCACCUAUUGUAGAAGGAGUGGAGAUGGGAGGGAGUAGCAACUCCAUGCAGUGUUAUUGGGAGUGCUCUGAGGCUUGGACCACAGAGAUGCACACUGCGCAGUGUGCCGUAGUCCUAAAAGCUCCUAAACCACUGAUCACAGGUUUGUGUUUUUGUGUGUGAUGAGAGAGAGCGAAAGAAAUUGUGUGUGUGUGUGAGAGAGAGAGGUGGCAAUUUAAAAAAACCCAGCUGAUUCUAGAUGUGACUGCAUGAUCAUUGUAGCUGAUAAACUAUAAUUUACAAACAUUUAUCCUUCAAAUAUAUCACCUACCUACAGUAUAUCAUCGAUGGUUAAUGUACAUUUGACUGGUGUGCGCCAGCCUCGACUGCAGUAUGUCGGUUCAACACAUUUCAAUGUUAAAAAGCCAUUAUGUGGAAGUUAUCACGUUAAUUGGAGCCUCGAUGGUUAUAGCACAGAAAGUCUUGAGUCUUUUUUUCAUUAAUACCUGUCAUAGAUUGUCUAUUUACAGCCUAGGUGUUCAAAUUUGUUUUGUGUGUUUUUUUUCUUUCUUGAAACUUGAAUGUGGACAGGAUUUCAAUGCAGGACAGCUUUAGCUUGACAGGGUCAUCGACUGAGGUUUGCGUUUGACCCGAAACAAAGCGAAGCACACAGUUUAAGCACUUUUCAGAAUGUUUUCUUGGAAAUACUAUACUGUUUGAAUAUUAUGUGAAUCAUUGUGACCUUGAGUGAAUUUUUUUUAAACGCUCCAUGCUCAUCUGUGGCUGCUAUAAUGUUUUUUCACUGUACUGAUAACGGUGGGCAAUUUUUCAAAUUCCUGCAUGUGUCGUCUGGCUCUCCCUGCUCUGUGCAGGUGGUUUUGUUACACUGUCGACCGCCUUGUCAUUGCAUAUAUUGCAUUUUAAUGGCUGUGUCAAAUCAAAUCAAAUGUUUAAGUAGGAAAAAUAAAAAAAUAAAAAUAGUCUACAGAUCUUUGUAUUAGACCACACACCGGGGUGCCAGUAUUCUUAUUUUUAUGUUUUUCUGUUAUGGUAACAUUUUAUUUCACCCCUUGUGCCUGUUUGCAUGGUCUUUUUGAUUAUUUGUGACUUUUUUCUCAGAUGUAUUAUGACUACAUUUGGGCUUUUUUUUGUGUUUGACUCCACUGCCCUUAUUUUAGCAUCUCAGUACAGUUAAUUCCCUCAUAAUCCUUGACAAUCCAGACAUUGAGCUCUGUGGAAUGGACCACGCUACAGUAGACACUAUAAAUGGUACAUUGUCUCUGGAUUUAAAAAUGUCAUUUGCCAAAAACCAAUUCCGCUGAAAAUGACUUGUGCUGUUCUUUUUCACUGUGAAAUAAUGAAACAUAUUAAAAAUGUUUUACAUCUCCUCUUAAA